UGUUGGUGAACGUCAUGAAGAGAUCACGCCGCUAUUUUUCUCUGUCUCAGAGACAGAUGCGUUCAUUCACAUGGGUUGGCAAAGGCGAAGUGAAGGAUCGGCGUUUAGAAAACCGCCUUCAUUACAGGUCAUAUAAGAAUGGCAGACUUGAAGUAUGUAUAGGUGACGGUGUCCUAGUUAACAACAGUGACAGCCUAGAUGAGAAAAAUGUGAAGCAGAAUGCAUAUGUGGCACGGAUACUGGAUCUUUAUGAAGAUGAUGGCAGAAAUGUUGCUGUAGUACAGUGGUACUGGCGCCACCAUGAACUGCAAUCUUGGGUCACCAGAAAAACUUACGGAGAAAAGGAGGUGCUCUUGAAUCUGUGCAAUUAUGAACGGGAAAUUGAUAUUGAAUCAAUUAUUGACAAAUGUGAAAUUGUACAAGUAGCAGAAAAUAUGGACUCGGAGGUUGAAAAAUGUACAUCUGACACUGGGACCACAACAUUUCUAUUGAGGUAUUCUUUUGAUGGGAAAAAGUUACGUGCACUUACCUUAUCCAACUUUGGAAGCACUAGCAAUGGUAAUACUAAAUCGCCUUCUCUCAUGAAAUCAUCAAAAUCGAAGGGAUCCAACAAGAAACCUAGUGGCAAAGAGAACAGUAUGGCUGGCAAAGUAGAUGGAGAACUGUAUGAAGAUGAUAAAGUUUUAGAUGAUAUGUCACUUGAAGACAUUCAGUGCAAGCCAAGAAACAAAGUGACCUGCAAAGAUACGGACAUCCUUGUCUCACCUGUGAAGGGGAAGUCAAGAAAAAGUAUAGAUCUGAAGAGUCCUGUCAUCAGUAAAUACUACAGAGCAUUCCGGACAGAUGAUGUAGCACAGUGUUUAGUAGAUGAUGACAUCAGCGAGACUAACACAGAUAUUAUCAUGGAUGAUGACAGUGAGUUUGGGAUAGAAAAAGUGGAAGAAAAUAACUCCACAGUAUCUAGUACUUCUGGGAAGACCAAAAGAUCCAAGUCUCAGAAAGUGACAAAGAAUGUCAAAAGUAAAGAUUUUGAGCUUUUUACCUCUGUGACUCCAUUGAGCUCCAAAAAACAUGGCAACAGGAGGACUGAAGGUGAUGAGCCUUGUGUAGCCUCCAAUACUAAGAGGCCUUCCAGGAAGUCCACAGGUAUGACAACCAAGCGUGAGGUCAGCCAGACUGAAGUGGAAGGCUCUCAUAGUCCACCUAAAAGGGGGAAAACUUCCACAGACAGUGACCUGAAUGUGAAGCCUGUGUCCAAGCGUAACAGCAGGAAGUCGUUGCCUUUCACAAAAUCUGGGAAAAGUUGGCCAAAUGUAAUGUUAGAAAAGCUACCAGUUAGUUCGAGGGAUUUGAAAAGUGCUACAUUUGAUGUCUCUCCAGAAAGAGUUGUUGCUAAAGUUCCAUCUGGAAAAGAGUUUCCUAUUACAGACCUUGGGAAGUCUGCACAGAGAAAGAAAAGCAGUUCUAGGAAAAAGAGAGUGUCUGAUCCUUACUCAUUUAAAAGUGAUGAUGACCAGGAUUGUGAUUUGAAGUCAUUCAGAAAUGGUUCAGUUUCUUCUGUGCAAAAGACAGCAAAAACUGCUAAGUCUAAGAACAGCAAAGCUAUUGCAACUCCUAAAGGUGGCAAAGAGCCAACUACACCUAAAAAUGCUAAACCUGCUGCAACACCCAGGGCAAGCAGUCGAAAGAAGAAAGCGGUCAAGUACUUCCAUAGUGACAAUGACAGUGAUAACAGCGAUGCCAGUGUACAUACCAAGAACCUCAGUGAUAGCGAUGAUUCUGCAGAGGAUUCGUUGGAGGGUUAUGAUUCCAAACCUAAUUCCAGGAGGAAAAGUAUGACAGGGAGAAAAGCCAGUAAAACACCUGUUAGGACUCCUGGAAAGCAGAGUUGUGCCAGGACUCCAAAGACUCCAAGAAGUAAGGCCACUCCAUCCAUCCCAAGCCGUGUCAAAGCUUGUGCCACACCCAGAACAGUACUGGAGCAAGCAAGAGCCAGACUUCAUGUAUCUGCUGUGCCAGAAACCCUGCCCUGCAGGGACCAGGAGUUCCAGGAUAUCUUCCAAUUUGUGGAUGGUCACAUCUUAGAUAAAACCAGUGGUUGUAUGUACAUAUCUGGUGUGCCAGGCACAGGGAAGACUGCCACUGUGCAUGAAGUGAUACGAGAACUACAACUACAGAGUAAGACUGAUGAAGGGAAUUCAUUCCGCUUCAUUGAACUCAACGGAAUGAGACUGACAGACCCACAUCAAGCCUAUGUAGAGUUACUGAAGGAACUGACUGGAGCUAAGGCCACUCCUGACCAUGCAGCUGCCCUGCUGGAAAAGAGGUUCAACACAGCAGCGCCCAGGAGAGAGACUGUUGUGCUACUGGUGGAUGAGUUGGAUUUGCUGUGGACAAAAAAACAGAAUGUGUUGUACAACAUCUUUGAUUGGCCCACCAAACCCCAUGCCAGACUUAUUGUGCUUGCUGUAGCCAAUACCAUGGAUUUACCUGAGAGAAUUAUGAUGAACAGAGUGUCCAGUAGACUAGGUUUGACACGAAUGACAUUCCAGCCAUACACACACAAGCAGCUUCAGGAGAUAGUGUUAUCAAGGAUGAAGGGGGUGAAAGCCUUCAACGAAGAUGCAAUACAGUUGGCAGCCAGAAAAGUGGCAGCAGUGUCAGGUGAUGCAAGAAGAGCCCUUGAUAUAUGCAGGAGAGCCACAGAAAUUGCAGAAUUUCAAGCCAAGAAGAAGAACCAGCCAGGCCUAGUGGAGAUGGAACAUGUUGACACUGCCAUCCAGGAAAUGUUCUCAUCACCAAAAAUUGUAGCCAUGAGGAAUGCCUCUGCACAGGAGCAGCUGUUCCUAAAGGCAGUGCUGGCAGAGUUCCAGAGGAGUGGACUGGAGGAGGCAGCCUUCUCCAAGAUAUUUAGACAGCACAUAGCUCUCUGCAGGUUUGAAGGCAUUACUCCUCCCACUGCGUCAGAGGUAGCAUCCAUCUGCUCCCGCCUGGGAAGUUAUCGUCUGCUGCUGGUAGAGAGUGGACGUAAUGAUUUGCACCAGAGAGUGCGCCUCAAUGUCAGUCAGGACGACGUGGCCUAUGCCCUAAGGACUGUCAGCGAAAUUGAACAAUAGAGAUAUGCCCCGUGAUCAAGAUGUCACAUUUCCUCAUUUCUUGGAACUUUCAGAAAAUGUUUGCAAUGAGAGUAUUAUUUUAGAUCAUCAAAGCAGUGUUAACAAAGUUGAUAUAUGCCUGCUAUAUUAAUUGUCAAGUAUUAGCAUAGAGUGCUGACUAAGAGGUUAUGUACUUUCCAUUUCCUGGAGAUUGGAACGUCUUUCAUUUUGGGGAAUACAUUUUUAUCAACUUAACUUUGGAAAAAAUGGGCUACAAGAUGGAAGAACAUUUCACUAUAUUGACUCUACUUUUAAAUGUCCUAAUCUUUUAAAACCGUCUUCAAAAAACUCAAUGAUGAAUCAAUUUUUGCCUUCACUGCAGUUUGGUUUUAUAAUUUUAAUGAGCAAAGGGAGUAUUUCAACUUAUCUAUCCCAUUAAAAGAAAGAAUAUAAUGUUGCUAUUAAAAGGCUACAAACUGUAUUUGAAAUAAAUACUUCAAUUGUAAAA